AUGGGACGCCACACUCUGUCUCGGAGUUUAAAGCCAAGUCACUACGAGUUGUGUAUCGACCCGUAUAUCGAGAGUGCAACGUUUGAUGGCUCAAUUACUAUCGAAGUCGAGAUCAACGAACCUACAACAGUUAUAACCAUCAAUUCACACAAGCUUGCCAUUAGAAGCACGACACUGUUCGAUGGAAAAGGCGAUCCCAUCAAGGUCUCAGAUACUGGGGGAGACUCCACGCUACAGACCUUUUCCAUACUCCUCGAGAAAACUUUGCCUUCCAAAUCACGGAUAUUCAUCUACCAAAAGUUUUCGGGCUUCCUCAAUAAGACUGGGAUAGGCUUUCAUACGACAGAAGUUCACAGAUCGGGGAUGCUUUCCACUCUCUUCGAGCCGAUGCAUGCCAGGACAGUAUUUCCCUGCUUCGACGAACCUUGCUUCAAAGCUACCUGGGCGGUCAAAGUAGUCGUUCCAGUCCAUCUGACAUGUCUUGGAAAUAUGCCCAUCAAGUCCGAGUCCGAAAGUUCAGUGACAACUGGAGGCAAAAAGACGGUUGAAUUUCGUCGCACACCUCCAAUACCAACGUAUCUGCUCGCGUUCGCGGUAGGGGAAUUCAACUCGAUCGAAAAUCAUGAUAUUCGAAUUCCAAUCCGAGCCUACGCUCCACGGAACUAUGAAGUAGAGCAUUGCAGAUAUGCUCUUGACGUCGCCGCUCGGGUACUAGCUAUUUACGAGCAAAUUUUCGGGCUGACAUGCGGUUUGGAGAAGCUCGAUAUCCUAGCAGUACCAGGAAGUGUUGGAGCUAUGGAGAAUUGGGGUCUUGUGACAGUCUCUUCUGCUGUGCUGUUCAUUAGUCCUGACAGUACUGUGGCAGAGAAGAUGUCCUGUGCCCAAUUAAUUGCUCAUGAGAUCGGUCACCAAUGGUUCGGAAAUCUUGUUACGAUGUCCUCGUGGGAGAACUUCUGGCUGAAGGAAGCUCUGGCAGACUGGGCAGAAAUCAUGGCUCAAGAACGGCUUUUCGAUUCAUUGCCCUCGCAGGACUUCGUAUCCGAGAAGAUGCAGAGAGCAUUAUGUGCUGAUUCAAGUCACUUCACUCACGCACUAGUAGGUGCUGGCACACAUCUUGACCCCAUUACGUAUGGGAAAGGUGUCAGUGUAAUGAGAAUGCUCGCCGGACAUAUUGGAAAGGAUAAAUUCCUUCAAGGUAUCCGUCGCUUCAUGCGGCAAAAAGCGUAUGGGAAUGGUGAUCCUGAGGAUCUAUGGGAAGUUCUAAGUCAUAUCAGUGGCUCAGACAUUGGUGCUGUAAUGAAGAGCUGGACGGACAACGCGGGUUAUCCCGUGAUCAACGUGGAAGAGAGUGAAGCAGAUAGCACUAUCACACUUACACAAUCCCCAUUCUCCUUGAGCAAGAUUGAGAAUACUACUUCGUACCCAAUAUUCCUCGAUAUUCUCACUAGCCAAGGAAUACUCCGAGAGCGCCUAGACGAACAGUCUAAGACAAUCGAAUUGCCUUUACAUUUCUACAAGCUCAAUCCUGGACAGAUUGGAUUUUAUCGAGUGGCGUACUCGAUCUCAAGAUUAGAAAAACUAGGAGAUGAAGUCUGUAGGGGAACACUAUCAGUUGAAGAUCGUAUCGGGUUGAUAUUCGACACAGCUGCUCUUGCUUUCGCAGGGCAUGCUGGUCUACAGACUUCCCAUUUCUUGAGUCUCGUGCAAAAGUUCGUAGACGAAACGAACCUAUUCGUUUGGACUGCUAUAAUUGCAACACUACGAGAGAUAUCCAAAAGGUUGUUGUUCGAAGACCACAUUACACGAAAUGCUUUUAUGGAUUUUCAGUGGCAUUUGGUAAAGAGAUGUUUGUACUGGAAGGGGAAGUUCAACGAUCACGAAAGUAUGGAAGAUUUGCGAUUAAAUGUUCUUUUAUUUGGGAAUUCCGGCGGGGAUGAAAGAGUUGUUGCUGAUGCGUAUGCUAUGUUCGAGAACUUCACUGCUGGUGAUGGGAAGAUGCUGAACCCGAAUAUCCGUGCUGAAGUCUUCGAGAUCGUAUUGAAGCGGGGUGGUAAGAAAGAGUACAAAAGACUUUUGAAGAGGUUCGAAACCUCAAGUGGAUCUACGAGGAAGGACAUCAUGCGUUCAUUGGGCUACUGCCAAAAUAACGCCUGCAUCAAGAAGACUAUCCAGCUCGCCACAAGCCCGGAAAUAAUUGCAGAUGUCGGCUUGCGGCCAGCACUAGAAUCACUGUCAACACACAGGAAGGGAAUUUAUGCACUCUGGCGCUUCAUAGCCUCUGACAUAUGGACAAAAUGCCCGGGGUUGACACUAGCGAAGAUCGCUCCAGUUGGCCAAAUGGUAUUAGACUGUUUGACAAAAAUAGAAUACAGUGAAGGUGCAAGAAAAUAUUUGGAAAGCAUGGAUUCGAAUAUGCUCGACUCCGAUGCGGAGCAGUGUUUUGAGGGUAUCGAGGUUAGAGCAGCCUGGCUGGAAAGGGACCGAGAAGAUUUGAUUGGAUGGCUGCGCAAGAAUAGAUAUUAUAAACAUGGGUCGACGAAGAUUUGGCGAUCUAUGAAUGGCGUCAGAGAUGCCUUGGAGUAUCUUGGUUGUAUUUAG